GUACCUGUGGACUCUGUCUCGGAGGCUUUCUCAGUCACCGUAUGAGACAGAGCCUGCAGACAGGUGCGGAGCAGAUACUUGAUAGGCUCGAAUUAACAGAAAAUAAAAAUAAUCGCAAUUGGUGUGUCAUCAACGGAGACUUGCUCGAUUACAUCCCAGGAAAUAUUCGUCCAACGUUCAAGAAAGGCAAGGUACUACGCAGGCGCCUGCGAGAUUUUACUACCACAUUUAUUGAGUAUUCGCAAGCAGUAAGGUGCCCUACAACACGGAAUUUGAUGACUUCCUAUAAGAGAAAGCGGGCUUGGCCUCAAAUGCAGACUUUCUAUUUCAGUCCGGGGGGAAGUAUCGAAGCUGCCACGAACUUUUCUUGGAUUUCGCGAAACAGCGUUUUCAAGAGAAAUUUGGCCCUGGUGAGACAUACCAUGAACCGUUACCUGCGUUACCUCGGUGUAGGAAUGAUCAUGAGUUUGAGGUGGUCAGACGACAGAGUACAACCGUCGCAUGUGAUGACCCGGACCCCCAAGCUUCGAUAAACGAGCGCCUAUCAGUCCAGACACCCUGGAUCCCGCAUUUGAUGCAGAUGAUGCAGUUGUGAUGAUAUUUUUCUCGCUAGAGAAUCGCAAAGUACAAAACACAUGCCUUGAUGAUGAUUUAA